AUGGCUUUAGCUCAAUCUUUAGCUUCAUUAUCAUUAGCAACAUCAGAAAAUAAUGACAAAGCAAUUCCAACCAAAACAUUAAUUUUCAAACCAAAAACUGCUAAAACUGCAACACCAAUUCCAAUUUUAGUAUUUGCAUUACAAUCAACUAAUACAUCAAGUUCCAUAAUUGCUAAAUCUGCAAAUGUAAAAGAACCAAGAUUAGCUAAAGAUGAUUUAGUUGAAGAAUUUUUCAAAGUCACUACCAAAGAAGUAUCAAUUGCAAAUUUAAAUAAAGACUUAGCGGGGAAGAUCAAGAUUUUAUUAGAUGAAAAUGUAUUAUCAGCUGCCUUCAAAAACGAAAUAUUGAAAUUAUCUACUGAAACUUCAUCUGUCUGCUUACCUGCUGAAAAAGUUGUUGAAUUUUUAAAAUCUACUGGAAUUGAAAUUAUAAACACAGAUUUCAAUGCUGAACCACAAGUUACCCCACAAUCAAAAACUUCAAAACCAACUACCUCCAAAGAUGAUGCAAAAAUCGAAGAUGCAAAAUUAAUUGGUAUCACCAUAGAUAAAGAAAAAGAUUUUUCCAACUGGUAUACUCAAGUAGUUGUUAAAGGUGAAUUAUUAGAUUAUUAUGAUGUUUCUGGUUGUUAUAUAUUAAGACCAAAUUCUUAUUCAGUUUGGGAAACUAUACAAGAUUGGUUCAAUAUUAAAAUUAAAGGAUUAGGUGUACAAAAUGCAUAUUUCCCAAUGUUUGUUUCUCAAAAAGUUUUGGAAAAGGAAAAAGAUCAUAUUGAAGGUUUUGCACCUGAAGUUGCAUGGGUUACAAGAGCCGGUAACUCAGAAUUAGAUGAACAUAUUGCUAUUAGACCAACUUCAGAAACUGUCAUGUAUCCAUACUAUGCCAAAUGGAUCAGAUCUCAUCGUGAUUUACCAUUAAAAUUGAAUCAAUGGAAUUCAGUUGUUAGAUGGGAAUUCAAACAUCCACAACCAUUUUUAAGAACAAGAGAAUUUUUGUGGCAAGAAGGUCAUACAGUUCAUUUAACAAGAGAAUCAGCAGCGGAAGAAGUUUUACAAAUUUUAGAUUUUUAUGCUGGUGUAUACGAAGAAUUAUUAGCAGUACCGGUUGUUAAGGGUAAAAAAACUGAAAAUGAAAAAUUCGCAGGUGGUGAUUAUACAACUACUGUUGAAGGUUUUAUUGCAUCUACCGGUAGAGGUAUUCAAGGUGGUACUUCACAUCAUUUAGGUCAAAAUUUCUCCAAAAUGUUUAAUAUAUCAGUUGAAAAUCCAAAUGGGUCCGAUGAACGUCUUUUCGCUUAUCAAAAUUCUUGGGGUUUAUCUACUAGAGUUAUUGGUGUUAUGGUAAUGACUCAUUCGGACAACAAAGGUUUAGUAUUACCACCAAGAGUUGCACAAACUCAAGCUGUCGUUAUUCCAGUUGGAAUAACUUCAAAAACUACAAAAGAACAAAGAGAAGCUAUAACAAAAGGUGCUGAAGAUAUUGAAUCCAAAUUGAAAAAAGCAGGUGUUAGAGCCGUUGGUGACUACAGAGAUUCAUAUAAUCCAGGUUGGAAAUUUGCUGAUUGGGAAUUAAAAGGUACACCAUUACGUGUUGAAUUUGGACCAAAAGAUUUAGAAUCAGAACAAAUAACAGUAGUAAGAAGAAAUGAUAAUAAGAAAUACACAGUUAAAUUAAAUGAAAUUGAAUCAACAAUUCCAAAAUUAUUAGAAGAUAUGCAAAAAGAUUUAUAUGAAAAAGCUAAAAAAGAUUUCGACGAUCAUAGAAUUUUAGUAGAAGAUUGGAAAGAUUUCGUACCAACUUUAAACAAGAAAAACGUUAUUUUAGCACCAUGGUGUGGUAAUGGAGAUUGUGAAGAUGAAAUUAAAGAUGCAUCAAGUAAAAAUGAUGAUGGAGAAGAUGGUGAUGUUGAUGAAAAAGCUCCUUCAAUGGGUGCUAAAUCUUUGUGUAUUCCAUUUGAACAACCUGAUUUAAAACCUGGUCAAAAAUGUGUAAGAUGUGAUAAUAAAGCUGUUAAUUAUUGUAUGUUUGGUAGAUCAUAUUAG